AUAUUAUAAGCAGACUAGGGUUUUUGGCCCGUCGAACUUCUACGACCUCUUGCCGUUGCUUCCAAGCCUUCGUCAGGCGCCAACAAUGGUAUUUGUCAAAGCACAAAAGUCUAAAGCUUAUUUUAAGCGUUUUCAAGUUAAAUACAAGAGGAGAAGGCAGGGCAAGACAGACUACCGGGCCAGGAUUCGCCUUAUCAACCAGGAUAAAAAUAAGUACAAUACUCCAAAGUAUCGGUUCGUUGUGCGAUUUUCAAACAAAGAUGUAACUGCACAGAUUAUAUCUGCUAGCAUUGCGGGUGAUAUGGUUCUUGCAUCUGCUUAUUCCCACGAGCUACCUCGCUAUGGCCUUGAAGUGGGUCUUUCAAAUUAUGCAGCAGCAUACUGCACUGGGCUUCUGUUAGCCCGCCGAGUUCUUAAGAUGCUUGAGAUGGAUGAGGAGUACGAGGGAAAUGUUGAGGCAACUGGAGAGGAUUUCUCUGUUGAACCAGCUGAAACCAGGAGACCAUUCCGUGCUCUCCUUGAUGUUGGUCUAGUGAGGACAACUACUGGGAAUCGUGUCUUUGGCGCUCUCAAGGGAGCUUUGGAUGGUGGACUUGAUAUACCUCACAGUGACAAGAGGUUUGCUGGAUUCAACAAAGAUGAUAAGCAACUUGAUGCUGAAGUUCACCGCAAGUACAUCUAUGGUGGCCAUGUUGCUGCAUACAUGAGGACUUUGAUGGAAGAUGAGCCAGAUAAGUAUCAAUCUCACUUUGGUGAAUAUAUAAAGAAGGGUAUCGAGUCAGAUAACAUAGAGGAGUUGUACAAAAAGGUUCAUGCUGCCAUACGCAGUGACCCGACAGUGAAGAAAUCUGAGAAGCAGCCUCCGAAAGAGCACAAGAGGUAUAACCUUAAGAAGCUAAGUUAUGAAGAAAGAAAGGCUAAAUUGAUAGAAAGAUUGCAGGCUCUGAAUGCUGCUGCCGAUGAAGAUGAUGAUGAGUGACCCGGGUACUUAAACCUUGUUGCUUGUGCUACCAUUUUUUGGCCAUCGUGAUGAUCUACUGAAGUUUAUAACGAAGCAGAAGAUUUUGGAUGUUGUUUCUAGUGAAUGAAAGAACAUAUCUUGUUUUGAUAAAAUCAAACUUGCAUCAGUUUUGUUAUUGAGCUUGAUGUUUUCUUAUGUGAACCUUGUUUUAUACUUAUCCAUAUGGAUAUUUUAUAGUAAACAAAGGCAUUGAUUGAAACUGGGUCA